CCCAGACACUGCGGCCCCCUGGGAAUUCAGUUUGACACCCCUGCUCUCGUGGGAUACGAUUGAAGCAAAUGCCUGCAGACACUGCGGCCCGCAGGAAGUGGAGUUGAGUAACACUGUUGUCUGUAGUGGUUGUUGAACUGAAAAUUCAUGUGGUUGUUGUCGAUUACAUCAUUAGACUGGCUUCAUCUACAGUUUUUGGGGAGUGGCGUCUGAGCGACUGUUUUUGGGGAGUGGCGUCUGAGCGACUGUUUUUGCACGUACAAGCCCUCGCUCCACUUCUCGUCGCAUUCGUCCCAAGCAGCGUCUGAAAGCACCAUCGGUCUGCGCCGUGCUUAGAAAAUGGCACUUGAACUUUACCUCGAUCUAUUUUCACAACCCUGUCGUUCGGUGUUCAUCUUUGCGAAGAAAAACAACAUCCCAUUCGAAUUCAAAAAAAUCUCGCUUUUUGAAGGGGGGCAACAUGCUGAGGAGUUUGGGAAGAUUAACAUGAUGCGCAAAGUGCCUGCCAUCCGCGAUGGGGACUUCACUCUGGCCGAGAGUGUGGCCAUCCUCCUCUACAUGGCAGAAAAGUUCCGCACCCCGGAUCACUGGUACCCCGCUGAUCUGCAAACCCGCGCCCGGGUUAACGAGUAUCUGUCUUGGCAACACACGGCACUGCGAAUGCACGGCUCGAAGGUCUUCUGGUUCAAGCUUCUGAUCCCGAAGGCCCUGGGGAAGGAGGUGCCCAAAGAGAAGAUGGAUUCAGCCCUUGAGGACCUUGAGGGGUCGCUGAAGAUGCUGGAGGAGAAGUUUCUUCAGGACAGACCCUUCAUCGCCGGAGAGCACAUCUCCCUCGCAGACUUGGUGGCCAUCGUGGAGAUCAUGCAGCCCGUGGGGGCGGGUGUGGAUGUGUUUGCUGAGAGGCCAAAGCUGGUGGCCUGGCGGGAUAGAGUCCAGGCGGUAGUCGGGAAGGAACUCUUCGACGAGGCCCACCAGAGCAUCCUGUCCGCCGUCAAAGUGAUGGAAUCCCUGGACUCCAGCAAGCUGCAGGGCUUCAAACCACGCAUUAUGAAGCUUUUGCUGUGAGCUUCUCACUUACAAGCUAGGAGGAGGGUUAAAACCCCAGUUUAAUCAUAGUGCCUUUAGUGCUUUUUUUUUUUUCUUCUUUUUUAUUGAUUCCAGAUCAACUUGGGAAAUUGUCAGUUACAAUAAAAAUGAAAGCAGAACUGGA